AUGUCGCGGAGGAAACAAGCCAAGCCGCAACACUUUCAGUCCGACCCUCUGCUACCCGGAGCCGGCCACAAUGGGCACACUGAACUUUGCUCUGAGGACCCCCCCUGCAAGGAGUCCGACGCCCACGUCUGCAACAGAUGUUGUGCCGAGUUCUUUGAACUGUGCGAGCUCGAGGAGCACCAGAAAAAUUGCACUAAAAAUCAGCUUGUCCUGAUUGUGAAUGAAAGUCCAGCCUCCCCCGCUGGAACCUUCUCGCCCGGGUCCCCUCCCGUUAAUUCCGACGACCAGAUGAAUGACACCGCUAAUACCACUGAUCAGGCGGAGUGCGGCGACCUUUCUGAGCCCUGCGCGCUGGAAAAAGACGAAUCCAUGGAUGUGGACGUCUCAGGGAUGAGCAGCGGCCACGAAGAGGAAGGCGGUCAUGUGGAGAGUGGGAGCCCCAGCGAUACAGUGGGAAGCCUGAGUGGCAAGGGCACGGCCGGGCCUGCGGUUGGUACUUCUGCUAUUUCUGCCCCCCUCCCUCAACUCAGCAACCUGGCCGAGCUCGGAAACUUUUCCAUGAUCAACAGCAACGUCAUUAUCGAAAACCUGCAGAGCACCAAAGUGGCUGUGGCUCAGUUCUCCCAGGAGGCACGUACUUCCGGGGGACCCCGGGUGGCGGUGCCUGCUCUGAUGGAACAGCUCCUUGCUCUGCAGCAACAGCAAAUCCACCAGCUGCAACUUAUAGAGCAAAUUCGUCACCAAAUAUUACGUCUGGCCUCCCAGUCCCCAGAAAUGCAGGUUCCAACGACCUCAGCUCCAGGAGCGAUGGGGCCCGCCACUGCCAGCCCGCUGGCUACGUUAAGCUCCCAUCUCUCGCAACAGCUGGCUGCAGCCGCAGGCCUCGCACAGAAUCUGGCCAGUCAGUCGGCCAGCAUUAGCAGCCUAAAGCAGCUCGCUGCUGCGGCACAGCUACCUCAGUCAAACAGAGAGAGCAGCAGUGAGACAUCUCGGAGCAUUAGCAACGUGGGCCCGUCUACCAGCAAUGCCCAACCCCCAGAGAAAAGGCCUUGCCACGUCACUAACACCCCAAUGGCAAAGUCCACCACGCCGGUGUUCGGAAUCAGUAGUUUGCUAAGCUCAGCGGUGAAUCCCCUUCUACCUCAACCCCCGCCAGGAAACCCCAUGUUCUCCAGUUCGCUUCCGAGCGUCGGCACCACUGUUGAGGACCUCAACUCUCUAGCAACUCUGGUGCAGCAGCGGAAAGGCAAGGUGCCCAACGUUGCAUCGUUUGAGACCAAGAGUAGCUCGGAAGAGGCGUUCUUCAAACAUAAGUGCAGGUUUUGCGGCAAGGUGUUUGGUAGCGACAGUGCCUUGCAGAUCCACCUGCGCUCCCACACCGGCGAGAGGCCGUACAAGUGCAACAUCUGCGGCAACCGGUUCUCCACCCGUGGCAACCUGAAGGUGCACUUUCAGCGUCAUAAAGAAAAGUACCCACACAUCCAGAUGAACCCGUACCCCGUUCCCGAGCAUUUGGACAAUAUACCGACGAGCACUGGCAUUCCCUACGGUAUGUCAAUGCCCCCUGAGAAGCCGGUCACCAGUUGGCUGGAUAGCAAACCUAUCAUGCCCACUCUGACUUCCUCGGUCGGUAUGCUGCUUCCGCCGACCAUGCCCAGCCUUCCCCAUUUCAUCAAAAAGGAAGAUCACUCGAUAGCCAUAACUAACCUUCCGGUUCCUUCCACUACAAAUGACUCAGGUGCUUCUGAGCCUUCAACUAAAAGUAGCAGAGCAUCUGAAGAGGGCGAAGGUGCAACUCUGCCUACCUCAAAUGGGAAAACUGAAGAAGGUAGCCAUUCCUCAGGCUUUGUGACCAGUGUCAGCUCAGCUGCUGAGAGUGCCACCGAGUACGCCACAUCAAACAGCCCGCCCAUGUUGACCAAUCCGCUUAUGCCCCUCAUGUCAGACCAGUUCAAGGCAAAAUUCCCCUUUGGAGGAAUCCUGGAUCCCCUCCACGGCUCUGAGACUUCAAAGCUGCAGCAGCUUGUGGAGAACAUCGACAGGAAGGUGACAGACCCCAACGAGUGCGUCAUCUGCCACCGAGUACUGAGUUGUCAGAGCGCACUGAAAAUGCACUAUCGUACUCACACCGGGGAGAGACCCUUCAAGUGCAAGAUUUGCGGCCGAGCUUUUACCACCAAGGGGAAUCUAAAGACCCACUACAGUGUCCACAGAGCCAUGCCUCCUCUUCGAGUUCAGCACUCAUGCCCGAUAUGUCAAAAGAAAUUUACCAACGCCGUGGUGCUACAGCAGCACAUCCGCAUGCACAUGGGUGGACAAAUCCCCAACAAUCCUUUGCCCGAGAACUACCCAGAAUCCAUGGUCUCUGACACCGGCUCGUUUGACGAGAGAAACUUUGAUGACCUAGAUAACUUCUCUGACGACAAUAUGGAGGGGACGGAGGAAGGCCCCGACAGCAGCGUUCCCGACACGCCCAGGUCAGCAGACGCUUCGCACGACAGCCUGUGCGACUCCCCGGUUGCCCUUGAUGACGACGGACGUGAGCACGUCCAGGGUGUGGAUGCGGAGGAGCUACGAGAACUCAAAGGUGUGUCUAACGGCUUAGGAGAGGGCGAUUGUCUCACCAACGAUUCCUCAUCUCUUGGCGGGGACAUCGAAAGCCAAAGUGCUGGGAGCCCAGCUGUGUCCGAAUCUACCUCCUCCAUGCAAGCCCCGUCCCCUGCGGGCAUGCCGCAGCAGGCUCGCAGAUCACCAAGUUUGGAAGACAGGCAACAGAGGGCAUUCUCCAUGGAGCACACCGCUCUGCUACAGCCUCACCCUUGUAACAUCGGCGCCUUGGACCUGACGUCGGUCAACCCCUCCAAGGACACCCUGGGCAUGAUGUUCCCCUUCCGUGAGCGCAGCACAGCUAAGAACACAUCUUGUGACAUCUGCGGGAAAACAUUUGCAUGUCAGAGUGCCUUGGACAUCCACUACCGAAGCCAUACCAAAGAGCGACCUUUCAUUUGCACGGCCUGCAACAGGGGAUUCUCCACCAAGGGCAACCUCAAGCAGCAUAUGCUAACCCAUCAGAUGCGAGACCUUCCCUCGCAGCUCUUUGAGCCCUCUAACACCAGCCUGUCCUCCAGCCCCACACCCUCCAUGCUGUCUGUCGGCUCGCUCGGAAAGCCAGAGGUCAACGGCUUCCUGCACAGCCUCCACCCCGAGAGCAAGGACCCCACCUCCUCCUCCUCAUCCACCGCCGCUGUUUCUGCAACAGCAGCCACUGCCGGCAUGGUCACGUCGUCUGCCUCCACAUCACCCGUGCUGUCAGCCGCACCGCCCCGCCGGACGCCCAAGCAGCACUUCUGUAACACCUGCGGCAAGUGCUUCUCUUCAUCCAGCGCCCUGCAGAUCCACGAGCGUACGCACACUGGCGAGAAGCCCUUCGCCUGUAGCAUCUGCGGCCGCGCAUUCACCACCAAAGGAAACCUCAAGGUCCACAUGGGCACCCACAUGUGGAACAGCGCCCCUGCUCGACGAGGGCGCCGGCUUUCAGUAGACGGGCCCAUGGCCUUCCUGGGCGCCAACCCUGUCAAGUUCCCUGAGAUCUUCCAGAAGGACCCGGCUGCGGUGUCACGGGCUGGCGCCGGCGACCCGGCCAGCUUCUGGAACCAGUACGCCGCCGCCUUCUCUAGCGGCCUGGCCAUGAAGGCCAACGAGAUCUCCGUCAUCCAGGGCGGCGGCCUGCCGCCCAUGUCGGGCGCCGGCGUGGGCAACGGAGGCAGCUCGCCCGUCGGCGGCCUAACGGGCAGCCUGGACAAACUCCACAGCGCCGAACCCAACGCCGCCCUGGCCGGCCUGGAGCGGAUGGCCGGCGCGGAGAACGGCGCCCAUUUCAGGUUCACGCGAUUCAUGGAGGACAAUAAAGAAAUCGUCACUAAUUAA